CCGAAUCAGAAAAUUCGAACUAACAACAUUUAAUUUCCAAACACCUUUAAUUCCUUAUUGCUAUAUUGCUCAUUACAACUAGGUUAUCAAACUUGAAGGCUCAAUAUCACUGUCUUGGUUAAAUCGGAUUAAAAUCUGUCUAAUUGAUAUAAGAAGCGAUUGUUUAGCUCAAAGUUUUGUUAUUAGGGAAUAAGCUGUCAAGUGUUCGAUCUAAAUCAUGGUAAAGCUUAGUGAAAUUUCCCGUACUUCAACGUUUGCUUGGAGUCUGGAUACUUUACCAUUACUCGCAACUGGUACUGUUGCUGGUGCUGUUGAUGCAAAUUUCAAUUCCUCCUCUUCUUUGGAAAUAUGGAAUAUUUUUUCAGCUACUAAUAAGGAUGAACCAAUAUUCUCUGCCUCAGUUGAUAAUAGAUUCUAUGCCUUAGCUUGGUCAAAACCAUUUGAAGGUAGAAGUCAAGGUCUUUUAGCUGCUGCUUUUGAAAAUGGUACCAUCGAAUUUUGGGAUGUUGAAACUUUAAUUAAGUCAAAAGAUUUAGAAAAAUCAUCUGUUCAUAAAUCAAAUAAACAUACUGGUCCAGUCAAAGCGUUACAAUUUAAUCCAAUUCAAAAUCAUGUUCUUGUUAGUGGUGGAUCUCAUGGCCAAAUCUUUAUUUGGGAUACUAAGACUUUUGGUGAACCCUUUGCUCCUGGUCAAGCCAUGACUCCAAUGGAUGAAAUCACUUCAGUCGCAUGGAAUAACUCAGUGAGCCACAUUCUUGCAAGUACUGGUAACAGCGGCUACACUUCAAUCUGGGAUUUAAAGUCUAAAAAGGAAGUUUUGCAUUUAGCUUAUACUGGUGCUUCUGGUAGAGCUAAUUUUUCACAUGUUGCAUGGCACCCAAACCAAUCAACUAAGUUAAUUACCGCCAGUGAUAAUGAUGCAGUUCCAUUAAUUUUAACUUGGGAUUUACGUAAUUCAAAUGCUCCAGAACAGAUUUUAGAAGGUCAUAAGAAAGGGGUUUUAUCAUUGGAUUGGUGUAAACAAGAUCCAUCAUUAUUGAUUUCAAGUGGUAAAGAUAAUACUACCUUAUUAUGGAAUCCAAUUACCGGACAAAAAUUAGGUGAAUAUCCAACUACUGCCAAUUGGGCAUUUCAAACAAGAUUUGCUCCAUCAGCUCCAGAUAUCUUUGCAACUGCCUCUUUUGAUGGAAAGAUUAUUGUUCAAUCACUUCAAGAUACUUCACCACCAGUGUCUACCAAAGUUUCAUCCAACGAUGACAACGUGUUCUGGAACCAAUUGUCUACAACUGAAACUCAACAACCAGUCUUUGCAAUUCAACAAGCUCCUAUUUGGUUAAAAAGACCAUCAAGUGUUUCCUUUGGAUUUGGUUCUAAAUUAGUUAUCGUCAACAAAGACGAGAACAAUAAGAGCAUCAUUAAGAUCCAAAAAUUUGUUACAAAAGGUCAAGAAAAUUCAACCGAAUUUGAAGAAGCAUUAAAGACUGAUAAUUUUAAAAAUAUAAUAGAUACCAAGAGUAGUGCUGAUUCUAUUACUGAAGUUGACAAAUCUGAUUGGGAAUUAUUGAAGAAGUUAUUGGAAACUGGAAAGGAAAACCUUUUCAAAGCACAAGUUAAUGAAAAAGAAGAAGAAAAGCCUGUUGAAGUAGACAAAGCUGAAGAAGCAGCAGAAGAUGAUGGUGCUGCAGAUGAUUCAUUCUUCGAUAAAUUAGGAAAUGGGUCUAUUGUUCAAUCUGAAGAAAAUUUCAUUCCAACAGGCUCCUUUAAGAUUUUCAAUGACGAUGAAUCUGAAGAUAACAAGAAAUUGCUUAAGUUGGCUUUAGGUAAUAAAAUUGAAGAUGCAGUAGAUGAGUGCUUAAAAGGUGACAAAUUGCUUGAAGCAUUGUUAUUGGCUUUAGAAGGUUCCGAUAGUGUGAAGCAAAAGGUUAAGAAUGCUUACUUCAAAGCAAACAGCCUGAAUCAAGUAUCAAGAGUUCUUUAUAGUGUCACUUCCAAUAAUGUCACAGAUAUUGUGUCCAACGCUGAUGUUUCCAACUGGAGAGAAAUUGCUUCUAGUAUUGCCUCAUUUACAAGUGAUUCAUAUGAAUAUGAAUCAAAGAUCGCUGAAUUGGGUGAUCGUAUACUAGAACAAAAUACAUCAAAGGAACAAAGAGACAAUGCUAUAUUAUGUUACUUAGCUGGUAAUGCUGUUGAUAAGAUUGCGUCAAUUUGGCUUAAAGAAUUGCCAGAAUAUGAAACCAAGAUUUUAUCAGCUGAUAAUAAGAAUAUCUCGUCUCCAUCUGAAGCUCGGUUUGCAUCUCUUACCAACUAUGCUCAAAAGAUUGCUGCUUACAGAUCUAUUUCAAAAAUAAGUGGAGAAAUUUCUGGUCCAUCAGCAGAAUUGAUUGCAAAGGCUAUUUUAGAAUUUUCUAACUUAGCUUCUGGCUAUGGUCAAUUUGACUUAGCUGAAAAGUUCUUGGAAAUUUUGCCAACAGAAUUCUCUGGAACAGAAAAGGAAAGAAUUUCAAAAGCCACUGGUACUGCUGCUGCUGCUGCAAGCAUAACUUCUAAUUUAAAGAAAGUCAGAAGUCCUGGACCAAAACCUUAUUCAAGAUUGAAUAGUGCUGCCAAUGUCAAUGGUCAUGAUAGUGCUGUUCCUAAGCCAUACUUAGGUGCUUCUUCGAUACCCCCAAUUCCAGCCCCAAGUGUGAACAAUGCAAUUCCAAGUAAUCCAUACGCUAGGGGUAUGAAAUCUUCCAACCCAUAUGCUCCACAAAAUACCGCUGCACCUGCUAAUAUUUAUAGUCCACCAGCUCCACCAGCUCCACCACUUGCAAGUUCUGCGACUAUUGUUCCAACCAUACAACCACCACCUCCACCAAAAACUCUUUAUAAAAAUGAUACUGAAGGGUGGAAUGAUUUACCGGAAACUUUCAAGGCCAAGACUGGUCGUCGUGCUGCUCCAGUAGCUACAGCUACUCCUUCACCUACAGGAUUUUCACCUGUUGAGGCCCCUGCAGCUAAAAGAGCUGUUUCAGGUGCCAGCGCUAUUGCUCCACCACCACCAAAAGGAGGUCUUACUCGUAAUAGUUCAAAAUCGUCAAAUGCUGCUAACUCUUCACCACGUCCAGCUCCAGUUCAUGUCAACAAUCGUUACGCACCUCCACCAUCUGAGUCUGCACCACCAACUGUGGCAGUAGGUGGUGUCCCACCUCCAUUAGCAUCUGCUUCGAAUAAGAGAAAUCCAUACGCUCCAGCUCCAGUAGCUUCUCCUAAUAGAAUUGCAUUUGCUCAACCUCCAGCAGGAAAUGCAGGUACAUUUGCUCCCGCAGUGAUUCCACCACCAGCACCACCAAAGAAUCCUUAUGCUCCUAAUAUCAAAGCAAAAUCUCCAAGAAUUUCUAGUGGUGGAAUUGUUCCACCUCCACCGCCACCUGCUAAGGUCGGAAGUUUAGCACCCCCACAACCAUUUGGAUCUCAUGCACCACCAAUCCAACCACCUUUCAAUUCUGUUCCACCUCCACCUGGUAUUGCCAUCCAACCACCUGCAAUUGUCCCGGAACCAGUUGAACAUGUUGAACCAGCUAAGCCAGAAUUCCCACCAGGUGAUAGAAGUCAUAUUCCUGAGAAGUCUUUAGCUAUUUAUACUUCGUUGACUAAUGUUCUCACAGCUAUCAAGCCUAUUAUUCCAGAGAAGUAUGCUGGUCAUGGUCAAGAUAUGGAAAAGAGACUUAAUAUCUUAUUCGAUCAUUUGAAUAAUGAUGAUUUAUUAUCAGAUGAUGCAAUUGAACAAUUAAAGAAGAUCAGUUCUAGUUUAGAAUCUAGAGAUUUUGAAACAGCUACUACUUUAAAUAUUCAUCUUGCAACCAACCAUAGUGAUGAAAUUGGUAAUUGGCAUAGAGGUGUCACUAGACUUAUUACUAUGUCCGAAGCAAUGUAUUAAUACUAAUUAAAACUAAUAAAAUUAUCAAAUUACAAUUGUAUUAAUUCAGUUAUAAAAGUAAAUAAAUUUAUAUAAAGCUUUCUUAAUUUUUCUAUUUCGUAAUACUUAUUUAUGGUAAUACUAUAUUGAAGUACAAAACUAUUUAACUAUUAUUACAAGUAAAAAGAAACCAAACGACUAUUUCUAAAAGAAAACCACUUCGUACAAUUUAGCACCUCCUUCAUCUUCACCAACAGGCGCAUCAUCAUGAAUUCCGUUAAAUUCAAGUAAA